AUGGGUUUCGUCAAGACUGCUGCUUUCGCUACCGCCCUUCUCGGCGCCGCCAACGCUUCUCCUCACUAUGCUCCCCCUUCCAACGAGACCAUCCACUACACCACUGAGGUCGUCACUCACCUGACCACCUACUGCCCUGCUGCCACCACCCUCACCUACGGCGACAAGACCUACACUGUCACCAAGGCCACCACCCUCACCAUUGAGGACUGCUCCUGCACCAUCACCAAGCCCGUCGCUACCGCUACCGGCUAUGCUCCCCCCAAGCCCACUCACGCCAAGGACUGCGCUGAGAUGUGCUCCGACAAGUUCGAUGAGUGCCGCGUUGCUCCCGGUGCCAACAUGGCUCAGUGCGCUGCUGAGUACGCUGCUUGCCUCGGCUACAACCCUUGGGAGAGCGGCAAGUUUGUCGAGCCCACUGCUUGCCACGAGGGUGCCAAGCCUACUGGCCCUGCCUACACCACCGAGGUUGUCACCAAGCUGACCACCUACUGCCCUGAGAAGACCACUCUUACCUACGGCAACCAGACCAUCCCCGUUACCAAGCCCGGUACCGUCACUGUCACUGGUGUCCACCACGUCACCACUGUCCCCGUUGUCCCUACCGGUUACGCUCCUCCCGCUACUCCUUCCACCCCUGCUGAGGCCAAGGACUGCGCUGAGAUGUGCACUGAGAAGUUCGACUCUUGCCGUGUUGCUGCUGGUUCCAACAAGGCUACCUGCGCUGCUGAGUACUCCGAGUGCCUUGGCUACGCUCCCUUCGACAGCAACGGUUCUCUCGUCAAGCCCACUGCUUGCCACGGCCCUGCUCCUGGCCCCACUGGCACUGGUUCCAAGCCUAACCCUCCUGCUGUUGUCCCCUCCGGUACUGGUGCUGGUGCUCCUCCUGCCACCCCCACUGCCGUCACUGCUGGUGCCGCCCAGGUUAUCCCUGCCGGUAUCAUGGCUGUCAUUGGUGCUGUUGCCCUUCUCUAA